UGGGAUAGGCGUAGGCGAUACGAAGGUCAAAGUCAGAACUAGGUACAGAAUAGUCAAUAUUGUUAUUGUUAUUUUGGUGCUUGAGUAGGAUUACUCAUAACUUGCAAUUAGUAGAAGUCUGCAGCGGCCAGUAGGUCACUAGUGAAGCACUCGAUCUAUACCCUAAUAGUACCGCUAUUUCCAAUUGACAAAAACAAAUAGCUCCAACAAUGGAGUUUGAUUUCCCCAUUAAUGACGUUGUGACUGAAGAAGUCUUAAAAAUUGACCAUACUUUGACAGUAAUUGGACAUGAAGAAAAUGCACAGUUACAGAAAACGGUUGGAUUGAUAAUUGAUGGUAUGGGCAAUGCAUCAGCAAUAGCUCAGGAGUUAAAAUCUCCAAUCACUAGUGCAGAAAAGCUUGUCAACUCUGACCACGUAAUUUAUGUGAUGACAGAACAUCCGGAAGAAGGGAGGUUUGCUGUUGUGGGAAUAUUAAAAAUGGGAUUAAAAAAGUUGUAUCUUUAUGACAAAGAAGGUUCCCGUUCUGAGGAAAUGGUUUAUUGUUUAUUAGAUUUCUACAUACACGAAACAAGACAGCGCAAGGGUUAUGGAAAACGUCUUUUUGAAUAUAUGUUAAUGGAUACGGAUAUGGAGGCUAAGCAUUUAGCUAUCGAUAAACCAACUAAAAAACUGUUACAGUUUAUGUGGAAGCAUUACAGCUUAUCUAAAUUGGUAAAUCAAGGAAACAACUUUGUAAUCUUUGAAGAAUUUUUCAAUGACUCUGUGGCAGAAAGAAAGAAGAAUAGUCAUAACAGGGCCACAUCAUACAAGAGACAACCAAUGUUUGGCCGGCAUGGAGCUCAUAAGCAUCACGAUUCAAUGGGCGAAAUUGUUCAAGGGGACGGUAACGUUGCAAGUAUGAAGUAUAAGUACUGCGAAAAUCCUGACAUUGUUGACAAUCAGUUCUGUGAAGUCAAUCCACACCCGGAGACACCGAGUGGUUUUAAAGUGAACAGAGAUGGGGAAUCUGUGAAAAGAGACCUAAAAUUUCAUCAUGACACUUUAUGGUAACCUAGCAGAUGGUUCAAUGAGUUACUAAUUUAAAUCCCACUAAUAUCUUUAAUACUAUUACUAUUAUUACACACAUAAAUGUUCACCUUUAUUUUUUAAUCCCAAAUAUUAUAUUUGUAUGUACAAUUUUUGUACUUAUUUAGUGGUUUUAAAAAUUUUAAUUUCACUAAUAUUUAUUACCAUUACUGUUAUUACACAGAUAAAUGUACAAGUUUUAUUUUUUAAUUUUCGAAUACCUUGUUUUUUUACUAACUUAAAUAAGUAGAAUAAUUUUUCUACGCUAUUUUAUUAAAAUAGUUAGAUGAAUAUUUGUGCACCAAUAUUGUUAUUUAUUUAUAUGCAAAUUCAAUUAAAUUUGACAC